AUGAGUGAGGAAAAUACUUUUCUUUUUACUUCAGAAUCUGUCGGUGAAGGUCAUCCUGAUAAAAUAUGCGACCAAGUAUCCGAUGCAAUCCUAGAUGCUUGCUUAAAAGCUGACCCUUUUUCCAAAGUUGCUUGCGAGACAGCAACAAAAACUGGACUUGUUUUUGUAUUUGGCGAAAUUAGUACUUCUGCCACUCUUGACUAUCAACGAAUAAUACGUGAUACUAUUAAACGUAUAGGUUAUGAUGAUUCUUCAAAAGGUUUCGAUUAUAAAACUUGUAAUAUUUUGGUGGCAAUUGAACAACAAUCACCUGAUAUUGCUCAAGGCCUU